AUGAAAAUCGCGCUCUAUAGCCAUUCCAUCCCGCCAGCUGUCGAUGGGGUCUCUCGGAGGAUGUCAUCGUUGCUGCAGCAGCUCGUCAAGCAGGGCCACGAGAUUCUCGUCUUCACGCUCGAGAAGCACCCCCAGCUGGAGCCGGCCGCCGAUGCCGCAUCGAAACCCAUCAGAUUCUUCACGCUGGAUUCGUCCUUUCUCGCAGUGUACCCUACCAAAAGGCUGGCCAUGCCGACGCUCACGAACAUGAAUCUGAUCUGCAACACCAUUCGGCUCGAGAGGCCCGACGUGCUCCACUGCACGUUGGACUGCAUCAGUGCCUUCUUCAUUCUCGCUGCCAAGUUCUACCAUGUACCUGUUGUUGGCUCUGUGCACACCGACGUACAGGAGCUGCUGGCAGAGUUGAAUGUGGCGCCUAUUGCGGGUUCGCUGAUCACGUUCAAGGAGGGGGUCGAGAGCCGGCUCCUCGACAGCUGUGCGACCACUUCUCCGUCCUUUAAGGCAAAGCUGGCGGGGCGAGGCGUCGUCUGUGAUCACAUAAUCAAGACCGGGGUGAAGGUUGGACAGUUUAGGCCCGACGUUAGGUUCGGCCCAGAGAAGGGCCCGGAAGCCACCACAGACGCGGUGGAAUGA